AUGAAAUUCAUCCUCCCACUAUCGUUAUCCUUUAUUGGCCUCGGCCUUUCUUUUGCACAUAAUUUCAUGGAGUCUCAUGCUGGAAUCCUUACAACUACCCACCUCAAGCAAUCCUCCAUUAUAUCAACAUUAUCUUUUCUCCCAACAAUCCAAAAUAUCGCUCUUAUAGCCACCCUUCCGGCACUAGGUAUCUAUGCACCAGCUCUGAUCGGUAUUGGCAUCAUGUCAAGCAACGUACAAGCAAUCUCCUUUGGACCAGCUGGCGGUCUGAAUCGUGCGCCACAUUUGCCGCCAAGUCCAUUCGCGUCAAGUUAUAAGCGACGAGCACAUCCUAGAGACAUUUCUGUUGUAACCACCAGCAUUGAACACAAAAAUUCUUACCAUGUAGCUGAAGUUUUGAUCAAGAAAUUUGGAGACCUUCUCCGUCGCAUAAAUGGACAGCAUGCCGAAUUCGAGAGUUCAGGACAUCUUCUAAAGUUUGCUGCUUCGAGUAGGGACAAUGCAGAUGAAGGUGAAUCAACAAAUAUCGACCCACAUGAAUCAUCCACAGACUCUGAACAAUAUCAUGGUACAAAAUCAGGUCCAUCUCAAAAUUCGGCGCAAUGGCAAUACGCUUCUGUCUAG